AAUAUAAGAAAUAAAUAAAGAAUAAAUAAAAUAUUAAAAAUAAAACAUACUUAGAAAAAUUGGAUGAAAAUCGUCCGAGCAAGGAGCUCCGUACACCUCGCUCGCUUCGCAGUUAGUUCCUACCCAGCAUAUGCCUUUGCAUGUUCCACGUGCUAUCCUCUCGUUUGAUCGCCCACGAUACUCAGAAAACAGAACUCGAUCGAUCGCUUCUUUGUAACCCAGCGUAUUUUCAAUUCCAUAACGGCAAUCCAUCUCAAACAUAUUAUAAAAAAAUCCCCACUUUUCCUUUUUCUAGUCGUUUAGCUUGACGUAUCAUAAGCACAGAAAAGAUGGAGUCUUUGGAUCCUCCCAUGGUUUCUCUCCUCACCUUCAUGAAUGUUUCUGUCUAUCAAUUUCAUUAAAUUCUUGUCCUUUCUGGGUCUCCAAGGUUUCUCUCUCUUUCUCUACUCUAUACUCAUGGAAAUCUCCGCGGGAACAGCUCUGCAACUGAGAUCGCCCAGAAGCACGCUUAUUCGGUGUGGGCGCUACCCGGAGACGUUGCGGAAAGGCUCAAGAAAUUGAUGGACGGUCUGAGAUCGGAGUAUGACGGUCCCCAAUUCGAGCCGCAUGUAACUGUUGUCGGGGCCAUUAGUUUAAUGGAGCAGGAUGAGUUGGACAAGUUUCGAUCCGCUUGUGAUGGGCUCAAGGCUUAUACCGCCACCGUCGAUCGCGUGGCCACUGGGACUUUCUUUUAUCAGUGCGUUUAUUUGCUCCUGCAUGCAACGGCUAAGGUAGUUGGAGCUAGUGCACACUGCACUGAGAAUUUUGGGUACAAGAGUUCUACUCCCUACAUGCCUCAUCUUAGUUUCCUAUAUGGAGAUCUAACAGAUGAUGAUAAGAAAAAGGCUCAAGAAAAGGCCAAUAUUCUUGACGAGAGCAUCAACAGCCUGAGCUUCCAGAUAAGCCGCCUUGCAUUGUGGAAAACAGACACUGAAGACAAGUCAUUGAAGUCAUGGGAGAAGAUUGCAGAAUGUACCCUCAGCUCAGCCCCAAUUAGUUUCCCCUUCUUUUUCUAAUGCUUCUAAUUUGCAAUAAAACCUAACAGGUGUGCUCUUAUCUUCUAGAUGCCAUUUGACAAUCUGCAAUUUUAUGCACUCACCAACCACCUUAUCUUUGGUCCUGUUGUGUUUGUCAGUAUGCCAGUAAAUAGUUGCAAAAAUAUUGUAUACAGCCAUAUGCACUUUGCAGAGGAUUUUAAUUAAAUCAUACAUAUUAGAAUGCUGUUCGCUA